AUGGGAGUCAGUCGCGUCGUCAAGACCGCCGUACGAGAAGAGUUUGUGUCAUCGACACUGUCCAUUGAACAGCAGACUAUCCCUACACCUCUGAUCAUACUUGACUGGGAUGACACAAUUCUGCCAAGCACGCAUCUGGCCAAACUUGGAUUCUCAUCAGAGGAUGAAGACUUUGAACUCCCUUGUGAAUGUAUGCCUAUGCUGGCGGAGCUCGCUAAGGAAGUGGAGAACUUUCUUACAGCCUGUCUAAAGAUAGGCACGUGUUGCAUCGUUACGAAUGGCCUUACCGGAUGGGUCCAGCGCUCGUGCCAGCGCUUCCUGCCCAAUGUGGUGCCACUGCUGGAGCAUAUGUCUGUUAUAUCUGCUCGCUCCAACUUUGAGAGUAUGUUUCCAAAUCGCCCUAUUGAGUGGAAGAUAGCUGUGUACCGCGAUGUGCUAGCUAAACGGGGCUUUAUGGAGGUACCUCCUGUGGAGACACACGAUGUAUACGUCCAGCAGCAACAGUGUGUACCACAGCAAGUGAUCGCUCUAGGAGACUCACAGGUCGACCGCUGCGCUAUUCAGUACGUAGCAAGGCACACGCCCAACACGCAGCUCAAGUCAAUCAAGCUGCUGGACAACCCUAACAUGACGCAGCUGCAGGAAGCAGUUGAACCUGCUAGGCGUCUUCCUCGUACAGCUCAGUGGUCACGACGAGACACUUGA